GACAGGAGCAACCAGUAACCAACCAGGAAAAUAAAUGAGAGGCUGGUCGAUAACUUGAUAUGGAAGAUUAGAAGCACCCUGAAGAGCAGAGCAAACUGUUGGGCAUCGCCUUCUUCGCUGCCAUGGAGACGCUCGGAGACCUGGAAGUUCACUUGGAGGGCAUGAGAGAGUAUUACAGGGGUGGCAACACAAGAGGAGCACCUUGGAGGAAGUCGCAGCUCCAAGGGUUGCUUCGGCUGCUCGAAGAAAGAGAAGCUGAAAUGUUCAUGGCACUUGAACAUGACUUGGGGAAGCAUCCCGUCGAGGCGUAUCGGGACGAGAUAGGAUGCGCGAAAAAGUCUGCGAACUAUGCACUUGGUAGUUUGAAAGGGUGGAUGUCAACCCAAAAGGCUAAACUGCCGCUAGGUGCUGUACUAACGACUGCGGAGAUCAUUCCCGAACCUCUUGGCCUCGUCCUGAUCAUCUCAUCUUGGAAUGUUCCAAUUGGACUCUCCCUGGAACCACUGAUAGGAGCGCUGGCUGCUGGAAACGCGGUGGUCCUAAAACCUUCAGAGUUGGCUCCUAGAUGCUCUUCUCUCCUGGCCAAUGCACUGCCGGCUUAUCUAGACUCUAAGGCCGUCAAGGUUAUUGAAGGCGGUCCUGCCGUUAGUGAACAACUAGUACAGCAAAAGUGGGAUAAAAUACUGUUCACAGGAAGUGCACGAGUAGGUCGCAUGGUCAUGGCUGCAGCAGCGAAUCAUCUGACACCUGUGACUCUUGAGCUGGGCGGGAAGUGUCCUGCCGUACUGGAUUCUCUUUCGAGCUCAUGGGACAGAGAGGUGGCCAUUCAACGGAUUCUCGGGGCGAAAUUUGGUGCCUGUGCUGGUCAAGCUUGCAUAGCCGUUGAUUAUGUCCUAGUGGAGAAACGAUUCAGCUCCAUUUCUCUGGAACUGAUGAAGGUAUGGAUCGGAAAGAUGUUUGGAGAGAACCCGAGAGAAUCGCGCACUAUGGCAAGAAUCGUGAAUAAACACCACUUCUUGAGACUGAAAACUCUUCUAGAAGACCCCAAUGUCAAAGCUUCUAUAGUCCACGGAGGUUCAAUGGAUGAAAACAGCCUGUUUAUCGAGCCAACCAUCUUGCUUGAUCCCCCUCUUGAAUCGGAUUUCAUGCAAGAUGAGAUUUUUGGUCCCUUACUCCCAAUCAUUACGUUGAAGAAGAUCGAGGAUAGCAUCAACUUCAUAAAUUCAAGGCCUAAACCUCUCGCAGUUUACGUCUUCACUCAAAAUGACUCACUCCAGAAAAGGAUGGUAGCGGAAACAUCGUCGGGAAGCUUGACAUUCAAUGAUGCAGUUAUUCAAUACUUGGCCGAUACACUACCGUUUGGAGGUGUUGGCGAGAGUGGCAUGGGCAAUUACCACGGGAAGUUCUCAUUUGAUACAUUCAGCCACCACAAGGCAGUGAUGAGAAGGGGCUUUCUUGUUGACUUCUGGUUCAGAUUCCCUCCUUGGAAUGACCACAAACUGCAGCUAUUUCGGUCCUUGUAUGUUUUCGAUUACCUCGGAGUGCUCCUCACCGUACUCGGAUUGAAGAAAUCCAAACAAGGCUUGAGCAGAGCCUAAGGCUCUUCAGUUCACAGGGGUUCAUCGUUACGUCAAUACAUCCAGGGGGCCUAGUUGCUUUUAUUGAAAGAAUGUAAAGAGCUUGCGUGC